UAUUUUUUGCCCUUUAAAAAAAUUCAGUAUUCCAGCCGCCUCCCUGUUGUGAGUCUUGUGACUUCAAAUAGCUCAAGCCAGUACCUAAGCCUUUCUCCCUCAUCCUCACCAUCGCCGGCCACCGUUGCGUCUUCCGUCAGCUCCACCAUCACCGGCCACCGUUGCGUCUUCCGUCAGCCCCACCAUCUCUAGCCGAUCUUCUAGCCGACAGAGCAAGCUAGGGCAGAAAUUGUAAGCAGCAUCAUAGCAUGGGAAGCAGAAACAGUGGCAACAACAAAAUCAACAGCAACAACUUGAAUUGCCUGCCAAGAGAGAUCAUCUAUGAGAUACUAACAAGAGUACCUGCUGAAUCACUUGUUAGAUUCAAACUAGUAUGCAAGUUGUGGAAAACCAUCAUAUCUGAUCCAAAUUUUAUCAGCUCUCAUCUUCACAUAUGGAAAUCCAAGCCCUCAUUCAUGUUCACAGCAGAUUUAUCAUCCAAUCGCUUGCUUCUUUCGGAUUUCCAGGACGAAGACUCCACAGAUUUUCCCAUACGUAUUCCCAAAGGUUACCGCCAUAUUGUUGCCUCAACUGAUGGUUUAUUACUUCUGGAAGGUUCUGAACAAAAAGAUGGUCGUUUAGUAACAAAGUUGUGUGUUCAUAAUCCUGUUACUGGUAGUCAAAAGUUGUUACCUCCAACUUUAAAUCACAGAGUGAUUCAGCAGGACAAUUUUUCCAUAGUAUGUGAUGCUUCAAUUCAAAAAUAUAAAGUGGUGCUUUUUAUUGAUGAUGGAGGUAUUAUCCAUGACAAAAUCCACAUCAUUACUGGCGACAAUGAUGUAGAUCGGGGCAGCAUUGAAUGGAGGGAAUUGAUCAGUCCAUCCGCAUUUUGCCUCGAAUUUGGUUUCAGGCCCAUCACCGUGAAUGGGAUAUUGCAUUGGUUAGCGUACGCUUAUGAUGUUAAGAGUUUUUAUAAUCCUCCUCUUCUAGUGGGUUCUGUUCAAUCAAUGGACAUUGCUAAAGAGGAAUUUAGGCAAGGAAUAAGCUUACCAUGUCAACCAAAAUCAGAUUCUUGUCGCAGACUGAUAAACUGCUACUUGUUAGAGAUUGAGGGAUCGAUCUACUUCUCAAACCCCGCCACAGAAAUGGAAUUAGAGUUAAUGGAUGUUGGAGGAUUUGGCUAAUCAUAUCUGGGUUAAGAAACAUAAAAUAUGUCUUCAUUCAAUUGUUGGUAAGCCUUAUAGUCUGUCAAGUUUCUUAGAUCCUGAUUCAUUUUACCCAGGUCAAAUGAUGGGGAAUCAUGAAUUGAUCAUCGUUCAUGAUAAUGUUACAAAGGCCGUGUUUGUUGUAGAGGAAAUGGGCUGGUACUUGUACAACUUGAGGAGCCAGGAGUUGAAAGAUAUUGUCUGUUGGUCUCGUGGAGUGAGAGGAUGUUAUUUUUUAACUGGUUUUCAGGUUACUCAUGUCAAAAGUCUAGUUGGUUUGAAUUGAAAAUUGUAGUGGAACCACUAUAUCUCUAAGUGGUUCUACUAAGAUUUAUCUCUUAACCGAUUUUUCGGUUUAUGCUCAAAGUGCUUGACAUUGUAGUUAGAAUCUUCAAAUCUGAGGGUUUGCAUCAAAUCUUACAGGGUCAAAAAGGGAAAAAGAUUGGAGAGACCGUUACGACUCGAGGAGCAAUGAAUUGGAAGGCAUUUGCAUUAGGAGCAGCAGUGAUCAAAGGGCUGGAACUAAUGAAGUUCCCAACUUCACUUAUGUGAAAAACCUAGUUGAUUGGAAUUGAAAUUGUCUCUGCUGUUACUCUGUGAUACACCAGCUAGUGAAAAUGUCUUCUCGUAUCAGUAAUUGCGUGAAGUACCUAUGUGGUUUUUGCUGUUCUUCAUCCUUGUUCAGACUUAAGAUUUUCAUGUGUUAAAUCUAGUACCCUAAAUUUCACACAAAACUAUCAAUCACAAGUUUACAACAUAUUUCAUAGAAUUCAUUUGUUUUCUUUUUUUGUAAA